CUCUCAUACCAUAUCUUCUAUCUAAUUUAAGUCUGCUAGAAAUAUCAGAACCAAUGGAGGAACCACAGAGUCUUCGCUCUCUAUUUGCAUCAGCAAAGGAGCAAAAGAGUGCACUGGGAUCGCGGGGUGACACCAACGCCGAGACCUACCGAGACGAGGUGAAUGCAACGAUCACCAAAUUCCAAGAAUGCCAGCGUCAAGUGAGCAUGCUGUCUCUGUUCAGCUCUAAUGAGCUGCUGGAAGAUAUUUCAACCGGUGAUAUCCAGUACAUGACACUGGAAUACCAUCUAGCCGAGCUCUUGCAGCGAGUUGCUAUCUCAGACCGCGAAGCUGUCCUCAAGCGUGCGCUCGAAGAAUAUGAGAAAUACCUGAUGCGCUUGGAUGAGUACCUGCUACUCUCUGACGGAGAUAAGAAGCUCUUUGAGCAAUACAUGGCCAAUCCGACAUCUUUCACCCUGGCGCCAGUCAACGACGCUGCCGCCAGACGGGAAAUUAAAGUGACACGGUUUCGGGAAGAAAAAGAACUCAAGCAGAAACUGGAGUACUUCGCUCGCAACGAAACUCGACUGCAAAGUGACGAUGAUGACACCCGCUCCCUUUAUCUAGCAGAGAUCCAGCUCUAUACCCACCAGACCUUCCAGGCCUUGGAUCUCCUGAUCCAGGAAUUAUCGAUACUUUCAGCUAUGCGCAACGCGCCGCCCCGCCCCCCACCGACGGACGAUCCCAGACAGCGAAGCAAUAUUGGAGGUUUAAAUUACUCAGAACGCUUGGAUCCUUCAAUGUCACAGCUUUUGAGGGGCGGCAGAGGUGGCCCUAUCCUGAACAGCAAAGGAAAGCCAAUGCAGCCGUUUACGUUGUUGGGUCGACGUGCAGAAAUGCAACAAGGAGUAUUUCGCUCGGGUCAUAACCUUCCUACCAUGACAAUUGAGGAAUAUCUCGACGAAGAACACAGACGAGGAAACGUCAUUGAAGGAGGAGGCGAGAAGUCUGGCAUCAAACCGCUAGUCGACGAGGAUGAUCACAACAUUGCCGACCAGGAGACAAUGAAGGCACGAAAUUGGGACGAGUACACGGAAGCUAAUCCGAAGGGUGCUGGAAACACGCUGAACCGGGGAUGA